GAUGCGCUUUGCGCACAAAACCAGUGCCCUCUGUCAUAAUUUGCAUCAUUUCUCGUUGGACCUCCAAGCAAGACACGUCGGAUCAAGUUUGUUGUGGAAAUGUCUGCUGCCGUCUCGGCCUUUCUGGACAAAAAGAUCGGUAAGGUGCAAGAGCAGCGCCUCGGCCAUCGUAAGAGGAGGAGCGGACAAGCCGAAGAAGCGGAAACCUCGCCGCAAGGAGCACUUUGGAACGUUCUUGUACAAGGUUUUGAAGCAAGUACACCUGGAAACGGGAACCUCGUCCAAAGCCAUGAACAUCAUGACAUUCAUUGUGAACCCAGAGCCCGGAGAGUUGGCCAAGCAUGCCAUGUCCGAGGGGACGAAGGCCGUGACCAAGUACACCUCUUCGAAGUAAACACCUGUUGCUGCGACUUAUCUAAACAAACGGCCCUUUUAAGAGCCACUAAAUCUCACGAAAGAGUUAACUCAAAUUAUUAUUUCUUGAAAAGUCUGGGGGGAUUCGACCUGUAAAAACAUUUCGUCAGCUGAAAUAUAAGGGAGCGUCUUUUAUCACGUAACGCAAAAUUUUAUAUUUUUGGACCCAAUCCCUCGUAACAUUUCAAAAACAUGGCCUUCUUAUUCUAGAACUCCAUCGUGACUGUCAGUUAAAGAGUAUUGUUUUGACAUAGAACUAUGUCUUUACUUACUAUACUGGGGGCCAGUUCAGAAAUUCGAUUCAAAGCGUUACACGCGUGCGAAAAUACUUCUUUUUUUUUCAAUACAUCACAUUUUUUUUAUUUUGUCGGUUUGUCCGGGGAUUUUUACAUGUUAAGAGACUCAGCAUAAUUGCUUUUCUAACUUUAAAGUUAAAAUGUUCAACAUGAACUGGUGGAGUUUUGGUAUUUAUAGUGUACAAUGCGCAAUUUAAGAUUGCUGACUUUUAAAAUUAUAAAUAAAUCCUACCUAACUACAGUAAAAACACUCGAUCCCACACACUCUCAGACAUCCAACCACACUCACUCAAGGGUACAAUCCUCGGAUUGACCCGUGUUCCGAGACCAAAGCCCUCUUCCGAUGCUUCGAAAUUUCCAACGCUUAUAUCUUUUUUCCCUAUCGAUUAAUCCAGAAGAUUUAACCACCAAUCGAAAGGGGAAGACUUACUCUAUCGUUUUACUACAAAAUAAGUUUGACUAAACAUAGUUAAAACAUUUAAAACAUGCAAUUAAAAUGAGUAAUUUUGACGUAAACUACGUCUUUCUCGAAGGUACUGGGGUGCCAUUCCAAAAAACCCGGGCCGCAGGCCAAAAGUUAACUUGUAAGAUUUUGAACGCUUAUAUCUCCUCUCAGACAAUUCGAAAUGGCACGAUUUUGGCACCAUUCGAUUCGAAAUUUAUUCAGCAAUUUGCACGGACGGGAAGGUCAAGUACCUAUUUUGAGGGGAAAAUCAACUGAGCAACGCGAUCGGUGUCGGGCGCGAUAAAGGAGGGGAAGUAGAGGGGCCGCGAAACUAUAAAUUAAUUUGCCCCAGUUUUCAAACCAUCACUCACGUCUCAGACGUCGGACCGGCAACACCACCAGCAGCAGCAGCAGCAGAGAGACCAGAGCAGCACCGAUAAUAGACCAAAGCAGCACCGUGAUAGAGACAGAGCCGUGUCGGGAGAGAGACAGCCGUGCCGGGAGAGAGACAGAGCCGUACCGGGAGAGAGACAUAACUGCAGCGGGAGAGAGAGACAGAGCUACAGCGGGAGAGAGACCGAGCAGAACCGGGAGACAGACGGAACAGCAACCGUGUGGGGGUGAGGACUGCGCAACUCUUCGGAGUUGCCUCACCCCCCGGUUCCCCCGGGGGGACAUUUACCGAACCAUAUGAUUUUGGGCAAUAUUGGUAUCAAAAUUCAUGGUUUUUGGUACUGAUAAUGAAAAUUGCUGUUGGGAACGAAUGGAUCACCCUAUUCACCAACGGCAUCGUAGCAACACCGCUGGGCUCACUCGUGGCAGUUCAGCUGUCAACAGUCGAUGCAGGAAACAGCAGAACUUCAAGUGGCAUCAUUGUUCUUUGGAUAGUCUUUCCGCGUGGUACGCGGACAGUUUUAACAAAAACCCGCGUCGCCACUCCCGACCGACCUCGUGAACUGCUUCCGACUUGGCGAAUAGCAACCACCACCAAAACGCGCAACGCGGAAUCGCCACAACGUCACCACCACCGAACGCGCGGAACAGCACCUCAAAAACCUCGCGGAAUUUGCACGGUGCCACUUCGAGAGCGAAAGCCUUUUGAGGCCACUUUAAAAAAAAACUUCCGCGUAACUUUUUAAGCGGGAACGCAUUGACAGAUCCGUCGACGCCUACUACCCACAUAGAAAAAUGGGCGGAAAACGGCCAGAAAGCGGGGACGUUUUGCCUAAAAGCGGGCCCGAUUUUCAGCACGCUUUUUCCCCUCGUUGUGGCCCAUUGCGUGCCAGAAUGCAACAUUUAGGCGGGCGUUACGCAUUUUGGCCGAGCUGUUACGCCCGUCUGUGGCACGCUUCUGGGCACAUUUUGACCACGAUAACGGGCAAAAAAGCGAUGGCGGAACGGGGCGCAUUUUGGGGGGUGCUUCUUCUUCUUCUUUAGUAUUUCCGGAUCCAGUUUAGAGCGGUUAGGGUGAUCAAUACAAUUAGGGUGACAAAAAAACAAAACAGAUUAAAAUGUUUAUUCAAAGA